CGUAUAGAAAAAUCUUGGAGUUCAAUGGCUGAAAAAAUAAUAUAUCCACAUCAUGAAAGACAUGAUGAAUCAGAAAGUGAAGUAAUAAAACAAGCAGUUGCAUCUUAUAAUGAAAGAUUAAAAGUAUUACUUGCUGAAAUCGAUGAAGCUUUGAAAAAUUAUCAGCGUGCCCCUAAAUUUGUAGAACUAAUUGGCGAGUGGGUAUGAAAAAG